UAAUUUCAUAAUGGCAUCUAGUAUGGAUGAAGAGACACUGAUUGAAAUUAAUUUAUCAUCGUCAACUUGCAAAGACAAUAUGGCACUCGAUGAAACCAGCACAAUAGCAUCAGUGAUCAUAGAAGAGCUGGAUGAAAGUGCUCUUAGUAACAUGAACGUAGAUAUGGCAGAAUUUGUUGAAGCAAAUGCUUUAGAGAUCAAAGAUAUAACACAAGAUAUUAUACCAGAAACAUAUUCUGAACAAAAUAGUUCUGUCAUGGAUGUUACUAUAGGCGUAGAAGAUCAGGAUAUAUUAUUAACUGCAGACGAAGAAGACAAAUUAACAAAACAGUUCUUAAACGGUGAAUUAACAUUCUCCGAAUAUUCUUUGCAAAUGGAUCAAGGUGUAGACGUAGAGACUUUAGAAACUGACUACCCUACUAGAAAUGAUAAUGAGAACGAAGAAAUAGAAACAAACAUAUCUGUUUAUCGUAAAGCACCAAGACGAAAUAAACGAAAAAAAAGGACACUUCCUCCGGUUCUGCAAGGUCUCAUGGGUGAAGCAAAUUUGAGAUUUGCCAGAGGAGAUACAGAAUUGGCUGCUCAAAUAUGUAUGGAAAUAAUUAGACAAGUACCGAGCGCUCCAGAACCAUUUCACACAUUGGCAAUGAUAUAUGAGACAGAUCAACCAGAAAAAUCGUUACAGUUUGCUUUAAUAGCAGCGCAUCUCAGUCCUAGAGAUUCCGAUCAAUGGACACGAUUGGCGAAUAUGUCAUUGGAGAAAGGAGACAUUAAACAAGCUAUUACAUGUUAUAAUAAAGCAAUUCAAGCAAACCCAAAAGAUAUAAACUUAUACGAAACGCGAGCACGACUUCUAGAACGAAACGGAGAUAAGAAAGCUUAUUUAAGAGGAUUUUCAAAGUUGGUUCAUCAGUUGGAACCUGAAGAUGGUAAUAACAUAAUUAAAUAUGCCAAGAUGUUGGCUAAACGAUACAUGGAGGAGAAUAACAAUGAACAAGCAUUAGAUGCGAUGGAAAAUAUUUUUUCAAAGUGUCCCUCUUUCAUUACUUUGGAAGAAGUUAAUAUCAUGACUGAAAUAUUAAUAGCACUGAAAAGAUUCAAAAGAUGUUUAAAUAUUUUAACGAAAUAUACGACAAUCUGGGUCAAAUAUAAAAAUGCCAAUGAUAUACAGAAAGAAGAAUCAGAAGAUAAGGAUUUAGGCGAAAUAGAAGCCUGUGGAAUACCGGACGAUGUUGUUGUCGAUUUAAAAGCAAAAUUUCUUAUAACUCUUAUUGAGUUAGAUCAAAUGAGACUGGCUGAAAAUCUUCUCCCUAAAUUUUAUUUGAACGAAAAUCCAGAAAUUUCUGGAGAUCUUUUCUUAGAUAUUGCGGAAACUCUGAUGGGAAAGAAAGAAUUCGAACAUGCUUUAGCGUUAUUAGAUCCAUUAGUAAAUAGUAAUAAUUAUAGUUUGGCUGCAGUGUGGUUACGGCACGCGGAAUGUUGGGUUGGCUGUAAAGAUUUAAGAAAAGCAAUAAAAUCUUACGAAGUUGUUACGAAAUUAUCAUUUCAGCAUUUAGGCGCAAGAACAGCUCUGGCCAAACUUUAUCAACUAAAGGGUCAGUACAACAAAGCGAUAGAAGUUCUUGAUCAAGAUCCCGAAUCGGAUACUUUAGAUCCUGAAGUGGUUUACCGAAGAACGUUGCUUCUUUUUAAAGUGAAGAGAUACGAUGAGUAUUUUCGAUCUGGUAUGUUACUCUUCUCCAGACACUGUGUUCAUUUAAGAAGCAAAGUCGAGCUAAAUGCAUUGACUAGAGCAUACGGAACACGACAGCGAAUAGACUCAUUGAAACUUCAUAGACUGUCGCGCGGAGAGAAAUUUGAGGAAGAAAAUGCGCCAAUCUUUCUCAAUACCACGGAAUUAAGCGAAAAGAACGAAUACUUCUUGCUCGUGGAAAUGUGUAAAUUAGCUUGCAAACUAAAGAGAUAUGGUUUACUGCAGAGAAUAUGUUUGAGUGCUUUAACAUCAAAGAGAUUUGAAAAGAGAAACACUCAGAUUAUGUUUUUAUGCUUGCUGUCCUGUAUUUAUAAUAACGAUUCCUAUCAUGGUUAUAACAUUGUGCGGCAAUUGAUACGCGUCUGUCACAGGCCAAACACUUGGAAUUUGUUAAACAUUAUUAUACAAGACGCUCAAGAUUGUAGACACAAUAGGUUCAUUAUGCGUCUUCUUGGAAGAGAAGAUGUAUUUUCUCACUUAAAUAUAUUGCAUGCAAAUAACUGCCUUGUUUCGGGAACAUAUAAAUAUGCCCUCAACGAUUAUAUCUCUCUUUUUAAAGUCGCACCUAAUGCAUUAUUGGCAUUACUUAUCGGUAUAACAUUAUUACAAAUGGCGUGCCAAAAAUUUUCUGUUAACAAAAAUCAACUUGUAAUUCAAGCUAUUGCUUUUUUGAAGAAAUAUUGUCAAUUACGGGGCGAAGAUGGUAAACAGGAAACGUAUUACAAUAUGGGCCGUGCGUUCCAUCAAAUUGGAUUAUUACCAGCAGCUGUACAUUUUUACAAAUUAGUGCUUAACGAAGAUCCUGGAGAAAUAGUAAAAGAGAACUCGCAUCUUUUAGAUUUGAAACAAGAAGCUGCUUUUAAUUUGCAUCUUAUUUACUUAGAUUCAGAAAAUUUCUUGUUGGCAAGAAUGUACCUUGAAAAGUACAUUACGGUUUAGAUUAAGAAUGUUAAUUUACCGAUUUCAAAUGUAAGAUAAAUCAUAAUUUUGUAAAUAAACUUGUGAAUAUUUGUAUAUAAAUUGGAGCAUUUUUAUGACUGAA